ACCCCGUGACUUCUACUAAUUAAAGUCGUUGUCUGAGCUGAAGGCUGUGGUUUGUUUUUGUUUCUUUCCACAUUUCUUUCAAAAUCCCUGCUGAGUUUCAGUAUGAAGAGUUCCUGUCUAAUCGUCAUGUUGUUGCUGGGAACCGCACUGUCCCACUUGGGGUGUGCGGCUGCGCCAACUUUCGAUGCGGAGACAGAAUCCAAACUGAUGAGCGUUCUGAAAGCGGCAAAGGGGUUGAAGUGGAACAAACAGCUGGAAAAGGGCAUGGAGACUAUCGUAGAGGACGAGGAGAGUGACAAAGAUCCUGAAAAAGAGUCGGACACAGUCAAGGACGAGAUUGCCAUGGCGUUCAAGAGGGUCCUGAUGCUCGACCCAGCCGCAGAAUUACAGUUAAAAGAUCAGUUCAGAAGCAUCCUUGGGUCUGAGAAAGCCGAAGCAGUCUUCGAGGAGGCAGAGAAGAUAAUGAUGGAAGAACUUCAAGAGGAAAAGAAGAUCAACAAAGAGCUGGAUUUCAACAAGAACCAGAAGAAGGCCUUUAACAAGUUGGUGAAGGAUGUAGAGCACGGGAAAGAUCCGCUUCACGAACGUAAUAAGAUAGAGAAGAGAAUCAAAGAAGACGCCGCCAGGAUACUUUCCCUGUCUCCGGAUGAGCAAGAAGAAGAAAAGAGCCGGUUCUACGCUGAGUAUGGAGAGGAAACCGGAGAAAGAGUGUUCCAGGCGAUCAAAAUCAUCCACGAAGAGGCAGUAAAGAAAGGUGCUGCUACUAAAGUGGCGCAGGAGGAGCUGCACGGGCCUGCCACUGCUGCCAGCUGAGGGAGAAAGCAAGGGACCAGCGGGAUUUAAUAUUUAGCAUGCAACUCUAGUAUUCUGGACUGACUGUGAAACUUCAGAAACGUUUCUUCUUAGUAGAUUGACAAAUGAGAAAAUGUCUACAAAUAUGAUGUUACAGUAACAAAAGGUUAUCUAGGAAGCGAUUAGGUGUUUCCAGGGGCAGUUUCCUGAAAAUUUCAGACAUCAUUCUGGAUUAUAUUAUUGUCUUCCCCAAAAGAAUUUCGUGUAAGGUUUCUGGAAUAUUAAUUAGACUGU